AUGGACCCCUCAAUUCCCCUCGUAGUCGAUAACGGUACCGGGUUCGUCAAAUGUGGUUACGCCGGAUCCAAUUUCCCCGAGCAUGUAUUCCCAUCAGUCGUCGGUCGACCUAUCCUCCGAGCAGAAGAGAGAUUAGGUACAUCUCAAAUAAAAGAUAUAAUGGUUGGAGAUGAAGCUUCUGAAUAUCGAUCAUUCUUACAAGUAACUCAACCAAUGGAGCAUGGUAUAGUCAAGAAUUGGGAAGAUAUGAAACAUUUAUGGGAUUAUACAUUUUCUGAGAAACUUCAAGUUGAUCCAAGAGGCAGAAAAGUAUUGUUGACUGAACCUCCAAUGAACCCAAAAGUGAAUAGACAGAAAAUGGCAGAAGUAAUGUUUGAAGAAUAUGGUUUUGGUGGUGUUUACGUUGCUAUUCAAGCUGUGUUAACAUUAUAUGCUCAAGGUCUUCAAACCGGAGUAGUCGUUGAUUCAGGUGAUGGUGUAACCCACAUUGUACCAGUCUAUGACGGAUUCGCACUUCCUCAUUUAACUCGUCGACUCGAUGUGGCAGGAAGAGAUGUCACUAGAUAUCUCAUCAAGUUGCUUUUGAUGAGAGGCUAUGCUUUUGAAAGAACUGCAGAUUUCGAAACUGUUCGAGGGAUCAAAGAAGCUCUUUGUUUCACAAGUUACGAUUUAGAAAGUGAUAAGAAAUUAGCAGAAGAGACAACCGUACUUGUUGAGAACUACACGCUUCCAGAUGGUCGAGUUAUUAAAGUGGGCUCAGAACGAUAUGAAGCUCCUGAAUGCAUGUUCCAACCUCAUCUCGUUGAUGUCGAACAACCUGGUGUAGCAGAACUUCUACUUCAAACUAUUCAACAAGCCGCAGUCGACACUCGUUCGGAACUAUACAAACAUAUCGUACUUUCGGGUGGAUCUUCAAUGUAUCCAGGUUUCCCAUCUCGAUUAGAAAAAGAGAUGAAACAAUUGUACCUUACAAGGGUACUUGGUGGUGACACUUCGAGAUUAUCUAACUUCAAAAUUCGAAUUGAGGAUCCACCAAGAAGGAAACACAUGGUGUUCUUGGGUGGAGCUGUAUUGGCUGAUAUCAUGAAAGACAAAGAAGCCUUCUGGGUGACCAAAGAAGAAUGGGAUGAGCAAGGUGUUAGAGCUUUAGAUAAACUUGGUAGAGGUGAUUAA